GUCCCCAUGAUGCUGCUGGGUUCAUGGUAACAUGCCCAGCUCCAUGGCUGCACCCCAGCACACACGCACUGGUAUGAGAUGGACACAUGGGAAGAUGACCGCGUUGAUCAAAGAGCGUGCCUUAUCUGCGGGGACCGUGCCACAGGAUUGCAUUAUGGCAUCAUCUCUUGCGAGGGCUGCAAGGGAUUCUUCAAGCGCAGCAUCUGCAACAAACGUGUGUACAGAUGCAGUCGGGACAAGAACUGCGUUAUGUCGCGCAAGCAGAGGAACCGCUGCCAAUACUGCAGGUUACUCAAGUGCCUUCAGAUGGGGAUGAACCGCAAAGCAAUUAGAGAAGAUGGAAUGCCUGGAGGAAGGAACAAGAGCAUUGGUCCUGUACAGAUCUCAGAUGAAGAGGUUGAGCGGAUAAUGUCUGGACAGGAGUUUGAAGAGGAGGCCAAUACAUCAUGGAGUAAUAAUGGUGACAGUGACCACAGCUCUCCUGGGAAUGCAGUCUCAGAAAGCAAUCAGCCUUCUCCGGUGUCUACACCUUCCUCCAGUCGGUCAAUGGAACUCAAUGGAUUCAGCUCACUACGGGACCAAUAUUUGGGAACACCAGGUCCAACGCACUAUCAAUACCUACCUCAUCUCUUUAGCUUCUCCGCUCACCCCACAAUAAUCCCAGCCCAGUCACGAAGUCUUGACCCCCAGUCACACACCCUCAUUAACCAACUGCUGACGGCUGAGGAUAUAGAACCUCUCAAUACACCUAUGCUUAUAGAGGAUGGGUACAAAGUGACCCAGUCUGAGCUGUUUGCUUUGCUGUGCCGGCUGGCAGAUGAGCUGCUGUUCCGGCAGAUCACUUGGGUAAAGAAGCUGCCGUUUUUCUGUGAUUUGUCCAUCAAGGACUACACAUGUCUGCUCAGCACAACGUGGCAGGAGCUGAUAUUGCUCUCGUCGAUCACCACAUACAGUAAGCAGAUCUUUGGAGACUUGGCCGACGUCACUUCCAAGUACUCUCCUUCUGAGGAUGAAUUGCACAGGUUUAGUGAGGACGGUAUGGAAGUGAUGGAGCGACUUAUCUAUUUGUUCCGCAAGUUCAGCCAACUCAAAGUUAGUAAUGAAGAGUAUGUCUGCAUGAAAGCCAUCAACUUCCUAAAUCAAGAUAUCCAGGGCAUAAGCAGUGCCUCCCAGGUGGAACAACUGAACAAGCGAUACUGGUAUGUGUGCCAAGACUUCACCGAGUACAGGUACCCACACCAGCCGAACAGGUUCCCAGACCUUAUGAUGUGCCUACCUGAGGUUCGCUACAUUGCUGGAAAACUGGUGAAUGUGCCUCUGGAACAACUUCCACUGCUAUUCAAAGCCUUUCUUCACUCGUGCAAAACUAGUGUAACCAAGGAGUGAGAGAGAUGCUAAAUCAGCGUGGAAAUUGCAUUGAGGCUACUUGGAUCAUCUAAAGAAGUGAGGGAGAAAAAAAGACAGUAUCAGCCCAAAAAAAAUGGGAACAAAAAAGGAGAAAAAAUAUUUUUUUCAAACUCUUUUCUUAUAUAUUUAUUUCCUGGCAGAGUUGAAUGUAUUAUCUUCAACACGGGUGCACAAAUGAAAAACAAAGGCAGAUUCUUGCAUUUCAUUGCUGUUUACAUACAUAUUUUUUGUCUUUUUUUUUUUUUUCUUAAACACCUUUUUGUGGAGAACUUUUCUGCAUUGCAGGCGUUAGAUGUUACAGUGUUGCCUUUUUAAUACAAAUUUUGUAAUUUUUUUUCUUUUUCAAUGAAUUUAGAUUUAUUUUUUGUGUGGGAGGGAGGGUAAGAGUUAUUUUGAUAGCGUUGGGCAAAAACUACCUCAAUUUUGUGUUUUGUUAGAAUUUUUUUUUGUACUGUAGACAAUAUUGCUUUUGAUCAGAAAUUGGGCAGUGAUUUGACUAAGGGAAUAGGGAAUCUACUGUGUUUGGCUUUGCGAUGGGGUCCUCUUAAGCUCCCCAUACACAGGCUGAUGUAAGUUGCAGACAGAUUAAAUUUGCAGCUUAUUGCCCAGUGUAUGAGGCCAACUUAAUUUGUUUUAUCAAUUACAUUUUUUAGCUGCUUUAUUUUCCUCUUAAAUUGUUCUUAAUAUAUUUGAAAUGAUCAGACAAUACAAUAAGAUAAAUAGUAAUAUAAUUAAUGGAUGAAUUC